AUGUCUAGUCAGCGUCUUGUCGUAGGCCUCCCAUGUGUCUUGCCGUCGCUGCCGCCUUCGCUUGCGCCGCCGUGUCGUCCGUGCGUCGAGGGUAGGCUGCGCGCCACCCCUCACUCCUCCUCCCUUCGUCCGGCCACCGAGCCUUUUGAGACGCUUCACUUGGACGUCUGGGGCCCCGCCCCUCGUCUAGGCCCUGAGCGUGAGCGUUACUUUCUGGUGGUCGUUGACGACUUCUCCCGCUACACCACAGUGUUCCCUCUGGCGAAGAAGUCUGAGGUGACUUCUACGCUGAUCAGGUGGUUGCUCACCACCGAGGACACUCGUGGUCGUCGUGUCAGCUGUCUCCACUCCGACCGUGGGGGUGAGUUUCGCUCCGGCAUUCUCGCUGGAUUCUGUCGCGAGCAGGGCAUUCGUCAGUCCUGGACGCUUCCAGAGUCCCCACAGCAGAAUGGGGUUGCUGAGCGCCGCAUAGGCCUGGUCAUGGAGAUCGCCCGCACCUCCCUGACUCACGCCUGUGCCCCCCAUUUUCUGUGGCCCUACGCGGUCAGGUACGCCGCGCACCAGCUGAACCUCUGGCCACGUGUCUCUCGACCAGAGGUUUCACCGACCAGUCUUUGGACAGGGUCCCCUGGUGUUGCGUCGCGGUUUCGUGUCUGGGGGUGCUUGGCUCUUGUCCGCGACACCUCCGCGGACAAGCUCUCGCCUCGUACCGUCCCCUGUGUCUUCCUUGGUUUCUCUGAGGACUCCUCUGACUUCACCUUUUACCACCCUCCCUCUCACCGGUUCUUUGACUCCCGUGACGUCCGUUUCGAGGAGUCCACUCCGUACUACGUCAGGUGUGUCCCAGGCUACCCCUCCUCCUUCGGUAGCCCCUCCGGUACAGCCUCCCUCCCCACAGUCCUCCUCGCAGCGUGCCGCUGGUGCUAG